GCGGCCGCGGAACGGCGGCGGCCGGUCCCGCGUUGCCGCAGGGGCGCUGUUGGGACGGACCGAGCGGGCGCAGCGCCGUCAUGGCCGCCGGGACCGCGGCACCCCGCGUCCUGAACGUGAACGUGGGCGUCCUGGGCCACAUCGACAGCGGGAAGACAGCGCUGGCGCGGGCGCUCAGCACCACCGGCUCCACCGCCGCCUUCGACCGAGCGCCGCAGAGCCGGGCGCGGGGCAUCACGCUGGACCUGGGCUUCUCCUGCCUGCGCACUGCCCUGCCGCCGCAGAUGGGCCCGGGGCCCGGCGAGCUUCAGUUCACGCUGGUCGACUGCCCCGGACACGCCUCCCUCAUCCGCACCAUCAUCGGCGGUGCCCAGAUUAUCGAUUUGAUGAUGCUUGUAAUAGAUGUGACAAAAGGAAUGCAGACACAGUCAGCAGAGUGCUUGGUAAUUGGGCAAAUUGCCUGCCAGAAGAUGGUGGUAGUACUGAACAAAAUAGAUCUCCUUCCAGAAGGGAAGAGACAAAGUGCCAUUGAGAAGAUGACCAAGAAAAUGCAGAAGACCUUGGAAAAUACUAAGUUCUGUGGGUGUCCUAUUGUUGCUGUUGCAGCAAAGCCCGGUGGACCAGAAGCCCCAGAGUCUGAGAAUCCACUAGGUGUUUCUGAAUUAAUUGAGGUCUUGAAGUCUCAGGCUUACCUGCCAUCAAGAGACCCCUCAGGAAACUUCCUUAUGGCAGUUGACCACUGUUUCUCUAUCAAAGGUCAAGGCACAGUGAUGACAGGCACUAUUCUCUCUGGCUCCGUCAGCCUGGGUGACAAUGUGGAGAUUCCUGCCCUGAAGGUGACAAAGAAAGUAAAAUCUAUGCAGAUGUUCCAUACUCCUGUGACUUAUGCUAUGCAGGGUGACAGAGUAGGUAUCUGUGUCACCCAGUUUGAUCCCAAACUGCUGGAACGAGGCCUGAUUUGCACCCCAGAAUCACUUCACACCAUCCAUGCUGCCAUAAUUUCCCUGAAGAAAAUCCAGUAUUUUCGAGGAGCUCUUCAGACCAAAGCCAAGUUCCACAUCACAGUUGGUCAUGAAACAGUUAUGGGAAGAGUGAUGUUUUUCAGUCCAGCCCCUGCUGAUUUCAAUGAAGAAAUUAGAGAAGAUGUUUUUGAUUUUGAUAAAGAUUAUCUUUAUCAAGAGGAAUAUUUGUCUAAGGACUCAAAUUCUUCAGAGGAGAGCAAAGGAAAUGACCAGGUAGGAGAAGCCCAGCUCCCAAGACAGCAGUGGGCUUUGCUGGAGUUUGAAAAACCAGUUACCUGUCCUAAACUGUGCCUUGUGAUCGGCUCCAAGCUGGAUACAGAUAUUCAUGCAAAUACCUGCAGGCUAGCGUUCCAUGGAGUACUGCUCCAAGGCAUGGAAGACAAAAACUAUGCAGAGACUUUCCUUCCAAAGCUGAAAGUGUACAAACUGAAGCACAAGGAAGGACAAGUGGAAAGGGUGAUGGAUGAUUACAGUGUGAUCGGUCGUUCGUUGUUUAAAAAGGAAACAAACAUCCACAUUUUUGUGGGUCUGAAAGUCAAACUAUCUACAGGAGAAGAUGGAGUCAUAGAUGGUGGCUUUGGCCAAAGUGGCAAAUUCAAAAUCCGAAUUCCAGAAACCGUAUCUAGAGUACAGCAUGCAGUUGGAAGUCCCUCAGUUGCUGAAAGAUGUCAGCAGUUUGGAAGAAAUUCAGGGAAGAGCAGCAAGAAUGCUGGAGAGGCUGAAGGGAUUGAUUUAUGAGGGGAAGAAGAUGAAAAGAAAUGCAAGAGACUUGGCUAAAUGAUGUCUAAGUGGGAGAUAUGAUUAUCUGCAAGUAUUUGAAGAACAUAAUGGAGAAGAAACCCUUAGGGUGGUCCAUGGAGAUGGAAAUAAAGCUAGUAACAAAAAAUAAAGCAAAGUGCAACUUGACUAUUGAUAGAUUAUUUAGCAGAGAUUUCUUACCCUGCCAGAUUAUCUUUGCAGUGGGAGAUGAUGUAGUUGCAUUUUGAGAAUACUCAUGUGUAGUUUGCCUGGAUGUUUGCUAGUGCCUCUCUCGGGGCAGCAGGGUGGUGGAAAAUAGAAGGGCAAUGUAUUUUUCAUCCCCUUUCUGGUUUUGUGCACAGGCAUGUCUCUAUUGCUUGAAUGGCAAGGUGUAACCUGCUUUCUAGACUGUUUGCAGCAGCACCUAAUUAGGAAAAAAAAAAGUAUUUGCUGGCAGAUCUGCUAUUCUGUAGGGCCAAGUUGUGGAGCUGUCUGUGUUUUAACUGAAGAGAAAGUUUUAAUGUGUGUUAAUUGACAGAAUGAUGCUUACUUUCCAGACUAGUUGCAUGAUCAAAUACGUAAAAAGGGGGGCAUAAUCUCUAAACUCACAAGAGAGUUUUGCUUAGUUUAACAAGCUGCUUAAAACACAAACAGGAUUUGAAAGGCAAUUUAAACUACAGUGCUUUGUAAGCUACACUAGCAUGCGUGUACAAGGGAACGAGCUACUGAUGGAGUGCUUCUUGCCGAGGUGGGUGAUACGGGGCAGCUGUUUGAGUUGUAAAUGGCAAUCCUGCAUAUACAUAGUCAAGGUAAAUGAGUGAAAGGUAUUGUUCAACUUUGAAAUGAAUAACAAGUUUGGGGAGGCAAGAACUGUGUGUUUAAGUGUCUUACUCUAAGGAAGACAAAAGCUAACAAUGUCAGUCUUUGGAAAACGCUUAUUUCAACAUACAUUGCACCUAGGAAUGUCAUGCCAGUUGAUAACAAAAAUUCAGAGGAAAGUUCAGUGAAUUGUUUGAAUAACAGUGCUAAUUGUGGGGUUUGUUUAACUGCCUCUCACCCAAGAACUGACCCUGUAAAACUCUGCUUGGUUUGCAAAAUCAUGAUCUGCUGACAUCUUCUAAAAGAUUGGCUCAAGAUAUGCCCAUUUCACUGGCUUUGGCAUGUUUCAUCUGUCUUGUGCUUAAUUAUGGUAAAUUGUAGCAAGUUUUUAAAUCUAAUUGGAGCAUAUGUUGUAUCUCAGGGAUAAUUCACUUGCCUUUCUGUCUUGACUGUCUAGCUGCUGGUGAAGUGUUCAUCCUUUCAGAGGCACUGUGGUGUGUUUGACUGAGAUUCUUUUCUUCUCUUUGGCUCAAUACAGUAAAAAUUGCUAUGCACGAGAUGAGUUCAAAGCUACCUUGCUUCGUAAUGCAAAAGAAGCAGUGCAUAUCUAACACUUGUAACAGCUGAACACAUUUCUGAAUUGAGCAAGUCUGAAUGCAAUAAAAGGCACACUUUUCAGAAGAAGAGAUAUAAAUGAGAAUAUUAGAAUAUAAG